UUUAGAUAUUCAUUCUUUCCUUUUACGAAAAAAGAAAAAAGAAAAAAAAAACAAAGAUUGUUGGUCUGUCUUUUUCCAUUUUCACAUAUGAUUCAUUAUUCAAUUCAAGUGAUAUAUUGCUUAAUUUAAAAUCUCUGUUCGAUAAUCUGUGAAUUAUUUCGGGUUAACAGGUUUUAAAACCAUCGAAGAAUGAUCAGAUUCGGGUAGAAGAUACUGAGAGAAGAUAAGAGUUGUAUCUGAACUAACUGUUUCAAUCAGAAACGGUGUACAUUGUGGCAUUGUUAGUAUACACCGAAGAUGGUAAGAAAGGGAAAGAUUUAAAUUAGACGAGAAGUAUCAAAAGAUUGGUGCAUUCAGGAAAAUGGGAUGUCUUUGGAGAGCUUCCAAAUCACGUCUAGUAACACAGAUCAGGAAGGCUAAGACCAUGAAGGAUAGGAUGCAUCUAAAACCGAAGAACAUUCACCCGGGAGAGUGGCAUAAAUUUGUCAACCAUAAAGCUAGCUCAGCUUUUAAGGCUCUGAGUGAUUCAUACAAGGAGAGACGGCAGAAACAGAUUCCUCACACUGUUAGCUGUAAAGGAAUGGUUCGACUGACUGAAAAAAUGAAAUAGAGUUCAUCUGAACCCAAUCAAGUGACAAGGCUGAAAGUGUGGGUCAAGUCACGGACAAAAAAAGAUGGGACUCCGGUUAAUAACCAGGCUGCGGAAAAGAAUAAGUACAGCAAAUAUUGAUAGUGGCGCUCCUUCCGCAUCAACAUCAACUCUUGGUAAGAACGAUACACUCACUCAAAUAUUAGGACCUCAUAAUCCAGGUCGGUUAAGGGCCAUGGGUCGCGGUAUGUCUACGACAAAGCUAGCUUGUUACCAAGUCAAGUCUGCAUAUAUGAAUCAAAUGCAAGAUAUACUGAGAAUGAAUAACCCGUGUGUUAACAAAUCAGUACCACCUAAGUGUCUAUUGGUUGAUUGGACUGGAACUGAGGAAAUUGUCGCUGAGGGCCGUCUUCUUUCUACUGAUCCUGAGGAGUAUGUGAAUGAAAUUCUAUUAAGACCUAACACUAUGAAAGUGUUGGUGGAAUCUGCCAUCAUCCCAAAUGCAUUUCUUUGGAGACCUACAACAAAGAUGACAACUAUGGAGGAGGCUAUUGGUCAUAUUAUUGCGUGGGAGGCAGAUAGUUGUGUUGCUGGACAUGAAAAGGUCAGUGACGACGAGGCUGUGCCAAAGAGCCCAUAUGUAAGUUCGAAGAACAGAUGCACUCUGAUGGAUUGGGUUACAGGUGAAAAUCAUGUUGCUGAAGGCCUUUGGCAGUCGAGAGACCCUCAAGCUAUGGUUAAUGGUAUUCCCUCGGACCAGUUGCUGUGAAAAUUUAUGUGGAUGUGGUAAUAUCACCUCAUGCAUUUCCAUGGAGGCCUACACCGGACAUGACAAACAUGGAGCAGACAUUACAUACUUUCAUAGCUUGGCCUGCCAACAGAGUGGUGAAUGAAGCCCACACAAAAGCAUCUACUCAUAAAUUUCCACAAGGUCGAAAGUCUCCUGCUAAGAGUACUUCCAUGAAUAAGUCGUCAUCAGGUCCAUCGCCUUCUCUUGAGAAAUCUCCAUAAACUCCAAAGACUUCUACAGUUAGACCAAUUGCUACUCAAACAACUCAACCAACUCCAAAAGCUCCUGUAAAGGAAACUAAACAACCUCCACAAUCUCCUCUGCGAAAAUCAAAGCGGAAUGUUGUUGCUGAAGGAUUAUGGGCUUCAAAUGAUCCAUACUACACUGUCCACUUCGCACCCUUGGGUCCAAAUGCAGUUCGAGUUUGGGUAGAUGUUGUGAAGAUCAAUGACGGAGCAGUGUGGAGGACAACUUCUGAAAUCGAGACAAUGGAAGAUGUGCUUGGUACUUCUAUUGCAUGGCCGGAGAACAGAGUUGUUAUGUGCUCCAAGGAUUGAAGUCAUCUGAAACUUUCCUACUUUUUACUCUCCUUCUCUCCCUAUUGACUUAAUUAUGAAUGUCAUGGUUUUUAAGUUUAUCUAAGAAUUUGAACUUGUGUUUGUCAAGAUAUUUAAGUUUGAACUUGUGUUUGUCAAGAUAUUUUAAUUUUUAUGUAUGAAUUAUUUCUACAA